CUAUUUCUGGUUGGACAGGAACUGCGAGAAGGGCUGCCGACUAUUUAUGGAUUUUCACCACAAGCACCGCCUAAUCGGGCGCUCCCGGCUUUCUAUUGGUCCGUUCGCCCUGCCACUCAAACCGUUAAGGAAUACGAAAGUGCUAAUGUAAAAUUCUGACAGCUGUGACCUGCGUGGAAACAGCUCGGAAUACUGGACAGUGGGUCAGUGUUCCUGCCUUGGGUCGGGGGAUGCCUGAACACAAAUUGUUCCUCCUGAGGCAUGGGGAAGGGGCCUGGAACAAAGAGAAUCGCUUUUGCAGCUGGGUUGACCAGAAGCUGAGCGAGGACGGUGUCAAGGAGGCUCAGGAGUGCGGGAGGCUCCUGAAGGAGAUGGGCUACGAGUUCGACAUGGUGUUCACCUCCAUCCUCAGCCGCUCGGUGCAGACAGCCUGGCAGGUGUUGGAGGUCAUGGGGCUGGAGUGGGUCCCUGUGGUGAAGAGCUGGAGGCUGAACGAGCGCCAUUAUGGGGCUCUGAUAGGCCUCAACCGUGCCGAGAUGGCGCUGAAUCAUGGCGAGGAGUGCGUCAAGUUGUGGCGUCGCAGCUACGACGUGACUCCGCCCCCCAUGCACGAGUCCCACCGCUACUUCACAGAGAUCUACAAUGACCGACGGUACAGUAGCUGUGACAUUCCUAAAGAAAACCUUCCCCGUGCCGAGAGCCUAAAAGAUGUGCUGGAUCGCUUGUUGCCCUACUGGAACAACGUAAUCGCCCCCGAGAUUAAGCGUGGGAAAAGAGUGCUGCUCUCCGCCCACGGCAACAGCUGUAGGGCUCUCCUGAAGCACCUUGAAGGGAUCUCAGACAGUGACAUCGCUGGCGUCACAUUGCCCACUGGCGUCCCGAUACUGCUCGAGCUGGACGGUGACCUGCGUCCGGUCAAGCCCCGGCAGCUCCUGGGAGACCAGGCGAAGAUUCAGGCAGCUAUCAAAAAGGUGGAGGACCAGGGGAAAGCCAAGCCGGGGGGCAAAUAAUGGACAUGGGGAUGGAUUCUGUGGUUAGGGUUAGUGUGCUAACAUGGUGUCAUGAUUGGGGUUCAGUGGACUCAUCAGAAUGUUUUUCGCAUAUAUCUGAGUUCAGCGUCUCUGUGCCACUUAACCAUAAACUCUGAUGCUGAAAGCAAAAGCUACACAUCUAUACAGAAUUCAGUGGGGCAUCCAAGAAGGGCAACCUGUUCAAUGCACAUUUCAGGCGCAUUUGCUCUGCCUGUUACAUAAUCCUUUGUUUACACAUUUUUGUUAGAUUGUUUUUUAAAAAGAAAAAAAACACAUGAGUUACAGAAAUAUUUUCAUACCUAAGGCCAGUGGUUCUCAAUCAUGUUCCUAUCGCCCCCCCCCCCCCAUUGGUUCAUUCCAACCCUAAUAUAAUCAGGCUUAUAUGGUCCUUAAUAGGCUAAUAAUGAAUGUGGGAGUUUGAAAACAGUGUAGGUUCAUCCUGGCCGGCCGGGGUAGGGGGCACCAGGGACCGGAUUGAGAAGCAAUACUUUAGCCAAAUGCCUUAAAAGCUACUAUACUUCCUGUGAAAACACACUUGCAAAAUUAACCACUAGGUGGCGCAUUUGCAUUGUUGCAGCACAUCGUAUUAACACAUCGAGCACUCUUUUCUUCUCCCACAUUUUCUUUGUCUCCCUUACUUACCGAAUGUUAACAUCACAGUUCAGGGACAUGUUUAUUUAGAAUUGAAUGUUUUUUUAGUUAGAUUUAAUUGUUAACUUGAUACCCAAGCUGAUCGCGUUGUCACAGACAAAUAAGAUAGGUGUGUCUCUGGUAUUUGUUAUAUGAGAAUGCCCAUUUCAGUGAGGUAACUGAUGACGUGCUUGGUACCUCGAGUGUCCACAUAGUGGAACCAGUAACAACUAUGGUCUGCUGGUUAUAAAAGUGAAAACGUCGCUCAUUAAUGCUGGCUGCCUUUCGUAAUCCACAGCCAGGAAUUUCACUGUAUAAUAAUGACUAGGACGUCCGGUGAAGUCUAUUUGAAGGAUAUCUGCAUCAAACUAAGAAUUUGAAUUGACCCCAGAAUUGGUGAUACCACCAACAUAAUGCACUUUGUUGAUAAUGACAUUUUAACGUGUUUCUGCUGACAUAUUAUUUAUUUAAAUUAUUUGCUUAUUUGAAAUUAAGGAUCUGUUUAAGAAUUAUAAACUUGAGUCAAACAUGUUUAAAUAUCGGGAAAUGUAGUUCUUUGUCACAAUCUAAGUGCAUUUCCUGAUUUUUUAAGACGCUUGCUCUACACAGAUAUAUAGAGAAUCCAGCCAGCUGAAUACUGGGUAAAGUUGCAGAAGGUAGAUUCAUUCUUUCAGGUCUUUUCAUUGCUGGUAACUUGCUCUUGUUUGUAUGUUUUGUUAGGUCAAAUACAGAUCACAUUAUUGUUAAAAUAUUUAUUAUAAUUGUAUGUGUAUUUAUAUAUAUAUAUAUAUUUGUUUCCAUCCUGUAAUAUAGUACAUUCAAAUAGAUAAAGUUAUAUGGAGCAGUAACUAUGGUGCAGUAGUGGGUAAUUUAUAAUGUCUUAAUAAAGGCAAUAAAAUAACUUCUUAACACCUGAAA